AUGCUUCUGAGAUUUCAAAAUAAAACAUUUUUCCCCCCUCACUCACUCUCUCCCCACCGCCUCCUCUCUCUCCCCUCCCCCUCCUCUCUCUCCCCUCCUCUCUCUCACUCCCUCUUCUCCUCUCUCCCCCCUCUCCCCUCUCUCUCCCCUGCUCUCUCCUUCCCCUUCUCUUUACGAGUAUGUUGCGGAAAAUCUUGCUUGUUUUCUUGCCUUCAUAAUAUGUUUAUUUUUCAUUUUCAUUCUUUCACCAUUUUCUUUCUUUUUAUUUUUCAUUUACUAUCCUUCUUUCUUUCUUUCUUUUUCUUUCUUUCUUUCUUUCUUUCUUCUUUCUUUCUUUCUUUCUUUCAACAUUAUGUUAUUUUUUCAUUUUUCUUUCUUUCAAAAUUUUAUUUUUCUUUGUUUGUUUGUUUGUUUCUGAAUUUGCUUAUUUUCUUCAUUUUUCUUUUUCUUUCCAAAUGUGCUUAUUUUUUCAUUUUCUUGUUUUCUUGCUUUCUUUCUUUCAAAAUGUACUUAUUUUUCUUCAUUUUUCUUUCUUUCGAAAUUUGCUUAUUUUUCUUUCUUUCGAAAUUUACAUAUUUUUCUUCAUCUUUGUUUCUUUCUUUCAAAGUUUGCAUAUUUUUCGUUCUUCAUUCAUUUUCAUUAUUUGUUCUUUAUUUUUAUUUUCUUCUACAUUUUUCUUCCAUUCUUAGUUUGUUUUCUCUUUCUUUCCUUUCUUCCUCCAUUUUUAAUUAUUUUUUUCUUUCUUUCUUUUUUCUUUCUUUCUUUUUUCUUUCUUUCUUUUUUCUUUCUUUCAUAAUUUGUUUAUUCUUCAUCAGUUUUUCUUUCUCCGUUUUCUUCAUUCUUGCUCCAUUUUUCCUUUUCUUUCUUUUGCUUCAUGUAUUCUUUCUUUCGUUCAUUUUUCCAUUUUAUUUUUCCCUUUCUCAUAUUUUAUUCUUUGUCAAUAUUGUUCUUCAUUAUAUUUAUUUCUUCUGA